AGGUUGUGCUUGUUUGUGAUAUUUCAGGUCCUAGUAAGUGAAUGAAGGUUUGGGAGCGAGUUUGGGGUCGAUUGGACGAAGAUCGGACGUGAGGCAAGUCGCUGAGGAAGCCACACGGGCACACACAAAACCCACACGGCCGUGCAAGUGACCAAUGUGGCCGUGUGGGAUUGUGCGAGCCUUCACACGGGCACAAAUAAAUUCCACACGGCCGUGUGAAGCAGUAAUUUGGCCGUGUGGAAAUCUGCGAGGCUUCACACGGGCAGGCUGGGUGAGCUACACGGCUGUGUGCCCCUGGCCGUGUAGGAAGCCUGAAACCCACAUAAUCGGAACGCGGGGUUUUGACCUCACACGGGCAACUGGGUAUGCAACACGGCCAUGUGGCCUGCCCGUGUGAGUCGGGAAUUUCUGGUUUUUACCCAAUUUCGGGCCACAAGUGAGAGAAUCGGAUUUUCAGAGAAAAAACAGAGCCCUAGAGAGACAAAGUACGAAGAACACAUCCUAGAAGCUAUCUUGGAGCUGGGUUUCAUCAAAUCGAGCUUGGGGAUCGUCGUAGGAGUGGAAAUCAUCAUCCCAGAGCAGAUUCUUCCCAUUGUUAUGAGUAUGACUGCUUUGUAUUCUGUUUUCCUCUCUCUCUCUAUGGAGUAGAACCCUUCUCUCGCUUGGGUAUGAAGAACCCUAGUUCCAUGUGUUAGGGAUUUGAUUGUAAUGACUUGGGAUGAUUAUACUGUUUGGUUUUAAUCGAAUGAUGCAUGUUUAUUGAAUUGAUUGAAGUCUGAUCAGCUUUUCUUGAUUUCUGCUGCAACCUGAGAUAGAUAGAAUCUGAUUAGGUUGUUAGAGCCUCAUCAUUCGGUAGUAGGAGAUUGGCUAUACGAGAGUUAGCUAGUUUACUGCUUUGUACUGGAAUCCAAUUCCAGUAGAGGAGUUAUGUGCUUAUUGCUUCAGCUUUCUAUCCCGGUGAAGACUAGUCGUCUGCCGGGUAGUUAGACUGAGCGGGCUUGGUCAGCUUAAGAGAUUCCAAGCUACUGUCGGAUCUUCCGCAGUCUAAUCAACAGUAAAUCAACCCAGGGUAAUUACAAUUGAUACCUAACUAAGGAGCUAGGGGGACUCAUUCCCGAGUGACUCUUCUUUGCUUGAGAAAACCGAACCAAUUCCUGCUUUCUUUAUGCUUUUGCUUAAAACAACAAUCACUUAACUUAGUUGGCUAGAUAAUAGAUAAUCACGGAGUAAGCAGUAGAUCUAGACCCCGGGUUGAUAAUAGAACUUGCCACUUUACUGCAUUCCCGGACUGCGAUUACACUUGGUUGCAAUUUGGUGUUGUGUUUUGGCGUGUCAUCGGUAGGUAGCCUUUACGCAUGUUGGAUUCUCUCACUAAAUACUAGAGCUUGGCACUUCUCUCUAAGACUCGAACUGACUUGAUCAUCGGAAGACUAACGGGCCCAGGCGCCCUCCUCUGUGUGCGUUUGUGCAGGUCAUGCGCCGAGAACUCGUUGCGCGGGAAUAGAGCUGGCGGGGAAUGGGAUUUCAAAGUAUCCAGGCACAAAUAAUUGGCGCGCCAGAUAGGGGGGUACGAUUAGGAGCUGCGAAUAUGGAGCCAACAUCGAGUGGUGAGGAGGAACAAAUCACGGGGAACCCACGGGGGAUCAAGAGAGAGGACCCCCGAAGCCGCAGAGGAGGCGGGAAGUGAGUCGAGGUUCCCAAGUUGAGAGGGCGCCUCCAUCACCAACAGAGAUAUGUUUAGGAUUAUCGAAGACCAGGACGAGGCAAUCGAGAUUCUCAAGCGGGAGGUCGAGGCGCUGAAGAAAGGAGAGGGAAUGGUACGUAGUCCGACUUCAAGGAAACGGGAAAGAAUCGCGGAGACGGAAGGGGAUUCCGGACAAACAAGGUGCCCCGCAUCCUUGUGGCGCCCGAAUGAUCAUGCAAACUCGGACUUCGAGGGACGCAAUGGGUGGGUGCCAUGGCACCUGCCCCGACACUGCCCAGUGAGACAUCCCUUGGCAAGGAACGUGUUGAUGGAGCAGACCAGAACCAACAUACCACCACUCUCCGUCUAUGAUGGAACGGCGGAUCUGGAUGACCACUUGAACGGCUACUUCACAAAGAUGCAGCGCUACAACAGCUACGAUGCCACCUUGUGCAAGGUAUUCCCGUCGACCUUCGCGGGCGUGGUGCUGGAUUGGUACCACCAAAUUGAGGAGGGGCGUAUAGAGCGCUUUGAGAAAUUUGCGGCGAUGUUCUUGGCAAAGUAUGCUAGCUGGAACGUCGCUCUCUGACCAUAGGUGCCCUCUUCAAAAUUAAAUAAAAGCAGUGGCGGGCCCAGGAAUUUUACAUAGAGUUGUCCUCUUUUUUAAAAUUUUUUAUAAGAAAAUUAAAUAAUUCUUAUAUAAGAAAAUACCUGAAUCGUACGAGUGAAAAAGUCCACGGUGUGUUUUCAUAUUCGAAAAUAACUGUAAAAUACACUUAGUGUCUACACUGCUCAAAAAAUUUGUUUUUGUAUAUCAUACUAGAAUCAUUCAUGAACUGAUCACAUAUUCAAUUUUUACUCUUGUUCUUGAUGUAAUCCAAAGCUGAAAAGACUCUUUCAACACUUGUCGUACAAUAGUGUUUAAAAUAAUUUGUUUAAUUGUUAGGUUUUGAAAAUAAGUGAAUAGCAUUUUACUAUUACACAAUGUCUAAAAUUCAUUUGUUGUCUAAAAAAAAUUAUUUUUAUUAAUAAUAAUAGUGUCCUGGAUUUGAAUUACUCAAACUACAACUUAUAUUCUCAUAGCAAACUAAAAGAUUAGAGUAGCA